CUUCAGUUUCCUCUCAGACAUCAACCGAGCUUGACUGAUUGCUGAGCGACACUUCAAUUUUUUGUCCUUGACAUAGUUUUGAAAACUGUAAGUUGUGAUGGAAAAUGGACCCCACAGUUUCAGAUUACGCGCUAGCUACACCGAUGAUGACAAAAUUUGCUUCCCAGUUUGAUUUGGAGCCAUGGAGUAUUGAUGAUUUCCACAUUACAAACCACACCAUGGAAGGGCAACUUGUGAAUAACGAAUGGUUGUUGAGUAAUUUUGAUCCUUCCCUGUUCGAAUACACCUCCAGCGAUUUACUGAAUCCUAAUGAUUCUACACAAUACGAAACUAAUUUGGAUUUGCAACAAAUGUCAAUGAAUAGUCAAAUGAUAAGUCCUCACAUUCAUGGGACAGACCGUUACACAGGGGAGAACCAGAAAGAAGACGGUUACACAGGGGAGAACCAGAAAGGAAAACGAAAGAAAGAAACAAGCAGUGCUGCGAGGUCAAGGCGUUGGAGGAUUCAGCAAAAGGCACAGUUGGUUGAGCUUAGGAAGGAGAAUGCAUCCCUACAAGAAAAGCUGAGAGAAAUGACCCUACAAAGGAAUGAAGCACUGAUGGAAGCAUCGAACCUGAGAGCUCUAGUAAUACAGAAAAACGACUGGCUACGAAACGAGAACAAUCGCUUGCAGAAACUGGUUUCAACCAUGAAAUUUAUCGAAUAAAACUACGUCUAGGCCGGUUCAACGUAGCACACUGUGACUUCCAUCGCCUACAGUCGGCAGUGUCUCAUUUACUACACAGCUGCUUCGUGUGCACGACUGCCGGCCACUGUUGGCGGCUGUCGUUAUGUUUUUAUUCACACAAUUUUGUUCUUGCACGUUUACAUAUGAGCCAUAAUAUGUCAUGAAAUAUUCUAAAUGGUAUAGGCGUGAAUUACAGAAUGCAAAUAUAACUAUUAACCAUUGACGUAACAGUUUUUCCAAUUUUUUUCAGUGUGAUCCUGUGAAGCAGUUGUCAUUGAUUAGUAAGAUUCCUGCUAUCAAGGCAGCAAUAGGAAGAGUUGAGUUGAUACGGGGCCCUGUUCUACCUCUCACCGCUGCCAGAUGACCGCUAACAGAGCUGGGAUACACCACCCCUUGCCGGGGGAGGGGGCCGGCCACGGGAAGCCUCCUUGCUUCUCACUACCGAGCUCAACGGCUCCCACGACCCGGCAACUCAGGGCGCAGUGCAAAGGAAGAACGACCCUAUUAUCCCCAUACCGUAAGUGUUCUUAUGUGUUUUUUUGUGUGUUGAUUUUAAUGUUUUGUUUUUCUUUUCAGGUGUCCGUACUACUGAUGUUGGUUUUGCUACAGAAGUUAAUGAAGAAAAAGUUGAGGGGGGUUUCAAGACGCUUAGGGUGGAUACCAGAAAAGCACUCCGACCUGUGGACAUUUGUGGUUCCCUCCCCAGAUGUGGACUCCGAGGCAGGUCACUUGCUGUCCUCGGCGAUGAGGUUCUUGAAGAUCCAUUACUAGAACCAGCAAUGUAAUCGCCGCUGACAGAGAUGGAGAACAAGCUCAGGCAUCUUCAACCAACGAGGGUGGAACGAUGCGGGGAACACGUCAUUCCUAGCUACAAUGUACAAAAAUUCGAGUUCCACUUUAGAAUGGAAAGGGAAAGGUUUGAGAUAUUUCAGGAGCUGCUACAACCACAUCUGACAUCAAAAUUGAGAAAAAUUGCACGUAUCUCUAUGGUUAUUAGGAAACAGAAAAUCAUUCAGAGGUGUUGCAGAUCGCUUCGACUUGAGUAAAAGCUCUCUCCGUAGCAUCUUCAUUGAAGUCUGUAACGCUCUCAAGAUUGUGCAGCCUUAAAUUAUUGCUUGGCACACUAAAUAUGAACAAACAUAAAAUGCAAGUAAUUUCCUCCAUGAAACUGGGUUUCCUGUGGUUGUGGGGUGCAUCGAUGGCUCUUAUAUACUAAUCCCAGGGACAUCAGUAGACAGAGCUGAUUACAUCUGCCGUAAAGGAUUCCCUGCAUCCAGUUACAGGCGGUUUGUGACAACAACCUCCGUUUCCUUGAUGUGUUAACAGGAUGGCGUGGCUCAGUUCAUGAUGCUGGGAUCUUUAGGAAUAGUACCUUACAUGAAAUGCUGGAGUGUGGAAGUAUUCAUGGUGAACAUCAUCUACUUGGAGAUUCUACAUAUUCUCUUGCUACAUAUAUGAUGGUUCCUUUCAGAGACAAUGAGCAUUUAACACCAGAACAGGUAUCCUACAACAAACACAACUCAUCUACCAGGGUAGUAAUUGAGCGUGAUUUCGGCCUUCUGAAAUAAAAAUUUUGAAGGUUACAUUAUUUAGACAUGAGGCUGAUUGACAAAAUUCCUGUCGUCAUUCUGUCCGCAUGUAUAUAUUACAUAAUUUAAUCUCGAUAAGAAAAAAAAAUAUUGAUAAUGAAUUACAAGAUAUCGACCUUGAAGGAGAUAACCAUGUUCUCCAAGCAGAUGAUGCUCCUCCAGCUGUUAACAAUACAGCUGUAAUGAAGACUGUAAUGAAUGCUACGAGACUGGGAAUAAGUGUUGGUGUUUACCCAUACUGUACUGAUCAUGUAACCAUUGCCUGGAUAUCAGCACAUCCCGCUAUCAGCAAUAUCUAAAUCCUACCUCAUCCUGGAAAACACAGUAGUUCAGUUGCUCUAUCACAUCACACCCUGUUUGCUCAAUGUGUAAGAGCAACAGCCAUUCAGGCCAUGUCACUCUCGCUUUCUUGCUCUCAGCGCUUCCAGUCUUACCUGUAUAAAAGUAAAAUUUAAGGUUUUAUACUAUUACUGCAAAUAAGCAUGAAAUGUUAACUCACCCCAAAAAAUUGACUUCUAGAACUUGUAUUUAUGUCAAUGAUAGUUGAUGUAAGUAAUGAGUAAAUGAUGUAAAGCAAAA